AUGGCGAAGUUCGCCGCACUUUCGGGCUGGAGGCGGCGCAGCACCUCGCAGGCCUCAGGCGUCAGGCGCCACGAUGGAACGCACAUAUUGCCAGUGGAGCGCAAAGUGCCAACCACGGAGCGUCUGCGGGCGCUCGAAACUUGGCUCGCAAACACCAAUACGAAGGUCACUCACGCUAAUGGCCAGCGGAAGUACGGAGGACCGCCUGAGGUGUGGGACGGCCCGGCCCCCGGAUCCAAACGUGAGGUUUUCAUCAAGCACGUCCCACGGGACUUCUACGAGGACCUGCCGAUUCCCCUUUUCAGCUCCGUGGGGCCGCUGUGGGAGUUCCGACUGAUGAUGAACUUCAGCGGGCAAAACCGGGGAUUGGCCUACGCCAAAUACGGCUCGGCGGAUAUCGCCGCGAAUGCGAUACGCCAGCUCCACGCUCUCAUGCUCGAGCGUAUAAUUGUCUGCCGCAGCAUCGAGAAGAGGCGCCUGCGCAUCUCAUAUUUGCCAGCCUCUUUCUACCUUUUGUCCAACCGCCAGGCGCUCUGUGGAAUAGUCGAUGGGAUCGAGAGCCUUUCCGUGAUGUCCGGACACGGAGCGGAGAGCGGAACGGCGGUAGUUGUCUUCGCGUCUCACCAUGCCGCCUCCGUGGCAAAGAAGGUCCUGGUGGAAGAAUUUCGGAGGCGGUUUGGCUUGAGCAUCUCGGUCUUGUGGCUGUCCCAAGUCGGCACGCCCUCAGAUAUGUCGCAGCAUCCCGACGGCUUCCCGGCUUGGACCCCGAACCUCCCGCGCCACGCGGCGAACCCCUCGCAGGCGGCCGCCCGGCCGUCUUCUCGUCUGCGACGCUCACCGCUCCUUCCCGAGGAAUUCGCCGGCGCUGCGGGAAGACCCGGUCACCCCGAGUCACGCUCCCGUCGGCAAGCGCCCGCAGCAUUGUCACCGUCUCCGCUGAUGUUCCUUCAGGAGAUUUGCACUGCGCUUGGAAUUGGUUAUCCGCAAUUUGAGUUCUUCUGCAGCCACGCCAGACCCGACGGAUUCCUCACCUUUACCUACAGGGUGAAUAUCCCCGGGGCGGGUGUCUUCCCAGGGCUCCUGAUAAUCUUGCCCGCGCCCGCUUUCGCUAGCACGCUGGAGGUAGUUCGAGAGGCUGCGGCUCAUCGGGUCCUGCAGUAUAUGGAGGCUAUGAACCUCUUCCGCCGGUGAAUC